ACAGAAGAAACAGCCAACAGCCUGUCAAUCAACAAACCGCUCAACAUCACGGGGAGCGAAUACAAAGAAAAGCCACCAACAGUGACCAAGAGCCAUGAAUCUUGAGCUGCCCAAACCGGAGAUCAAAUCGGCCACCCGUGUCACCGGUGGUCCUGCCACACCACGCAAAGGACCACCCAAGUUCAAGCAGAGGCAGACUCGCCAGUUCAAGAGCAAACCACCAAAGAAGGGUAUCCAAGGUUUCGGAGACGACAUCCCUGGCAUGGAAGGUUUAGGCACUGACAUCACUGUCAUCUGCCCCUGGGAGGCCUUCAACCAUCUGGAGCUUAACGAGCUGGCUAAGUAUGGUAUCAUCUGAGCCCGUCACCUUCCCAUCGUCCUCUGGGUAAUUUAGACCCUUUCCUGUCAUGUUCUCCAAACCACCUGCCUCCAUCCUGGCCAUCGACUCCAUGUGGACCAUUCCAACUUUUAUAACAGCAUAAACACCAAAAACAGCAACAUUUAUAAAAAUGGAAAAACCUAAGGAAAAUCAACAUCAUCCAAAGAAAAUCUAUCUGACUCUCUAUCCCUCCGGUUUCUUUUCUUUCUUGCAGUAUAAGAAUUUGUUCUGCUCAAGCUAUAGAACAGAAAAGUCUAUACGAUCCCGUCAGAUCACAAUCUGUUUGCCUAGAAAAACUGCUUCUGUUCUCUUUGCUCUCUUCUUCUUUUUCUACUCUCCCUCCCUGUUUUCUUGUGGAACACAAAACAAAGAGUGAGUAAAAACAAGACACGUGCCGUGAAAUAAAGGGCUUGUCAUUUCACGUGCCUCGGUGCCUCCUCUGUCCACCUUCGCCGAGUUCAUAAGAAAAGAUAGAAAUCCUGUAUGAAUGAAUGAUGAAACAUCUGCUGGCCGACAUUAGGUUCCCAAAACUUUAUUUCAGCCCAUUAUUUCCCCAUCAAGUAAAUGUAUUCUGAUUUUAAUGUUUUAACCUUUUCACUCCCUUGUACUUUAUUAAAAAAAAUUAUGUAAAAAUGUUUUAAUAUCAUGUUUGCUUUGUGCUUUGCAACCCCUUCAUUCAGUGCAUUCAUAUGUUAUCACACAUAAAGGCACAAUUUAGUUUUUCGGUUUCAAUAAGUCUCUCAGGUGACUGUUAGGGAACAGUGUUGGGCUGUCAUAUCUUGUGUUUCUUUCAUCUGUAAUCGUGUCUUUUUUUUUUUUUUGUGAUCACCAUCGUCUGUCAUCCUCAUCAUCACACUCCUUGUUAUCAUUGUGCCCCACUUUAGUGUCAUUCAUCUCUCCAUUUGUAUAUUUCAUUGUAAAAUAGUAUUCAUUAUAAUUUAAUCUAUUCAUUUAAAUGUCCUGUAUUUUUCAUAGGUUUAUGAGCUUCUUUCACUUUAUUGGCAUUGUGUCAAUUCAUGUGUUUAUUUCCCUAUGUUUCUGUUUGUUGCAUGCUCUAUCUUUCAAAAUUUUGUUUUUGUUCAUUCAUUCAUUUGUUCAUCCAUUAGUUUAGUCACAUUCAUGAUUUUUCAUUUAGUAAAAAAGCCCAUUUCCUGCAGUCAGAUCCUCAUGUAUCCAAAUUUUUUGCACAGAUCCUUUAUAUGUGUUAGGACAGUGUGUCCUUCUGAAUCCUUAAGUUCUUUUGUGUUGUUUAGGCCUGUAUUUUGCAGAUAUAGGGUUUCAUACUGAACAUGUUUCCAUUUUGAGAGCAUGUUUGAGGUUGGACAACAUCAGUGACUAAAGUGGAGAUUUCUCUCUACAGGAUAAGAUCAAAAUAAAGCUUGAAAAAAAGAGAAAGCA